AUGGAAUCGUCUAUUUCCCAUCGUCCCUGGGAGGAUGUCAAGCCGGGUCUGCACACGCCUCCGGUCGGGACCUCGUCGCAGACUCUGCCUUCAAUUUCUACCUUGACAGCCAGCAUGAGCGGAGGCAUUCCGCCAGGCGAAAAAUCACCAGCAAGCUCUAUGAACACGCUCGAGCGGGACUCGGGCAAUUGGUCUAUGCCUCAAAGUACAAGAUCAUCUACAUACUCGCAAACAACGAAUGGAACCGGCACUUAUCAUUCAAUGUCAUUUCUAAACUCAUCACAACCGUCACCGAACCGCCAUUCUGGCAUUUCCGAGCGAUCGCCUCUCGCUCAAGACUCUUCCAAUACACCCUCUCCAGCAGGCGCCAAUCCUCCCUUUACCACACAAGCGCAAUCUUCUACUCUGCCGUCGAUUAACCAGAAUUUUGACGCGCCAUCGCACAGAAACAGCAUCAUUGAGUUGCCGGAAUCCCGACGGAGCAGCGUCGACAGUCGUAUGAAUCAAGGGAUCAGUGCAUUAGCAAUCAACCCGACUUCGCCAUACCACAGCACCAACGCAUCACAAUCGUCGAUAGUAUCGGGCCUGCAAAGAGAGCGCGGUAUUUCGAACGAAUACACGACUGCCAAUGGCAUGCGAGGACCUCGAUAUGGUGCCCAGCCGUUGUCACCAUUAGGACCUCGUGCCGGCGACCAGCGAUUUCCGCCUGGCCGUACUGCGCCUGCCAUCUCGUCUAAUCCGCGAUCUGAAAUCUACAAUGCCGAAGCCCCUACAGCGGGUAUGGCGUACGCCUUUCCCGAUCCCGAUGUUGCACGUUCGAGUUCUAGCAUGACCUCGCAAGACCACUCGUUGACGCCGCAGGGUUCAUUUUCACGCAAGGGGAGUGUGGCAGAAUCGCUCAAUAGCAGUGUAUUUUCUGUGGAUGGCCGACUACCCCGCGGGCAGCAAGAAUUGCCCCAAAAUGUACAUCAUCACUCGCUGCAGCACAAGCAAGUCCGCGGACUGAUGGGAGAGGCGGAAUCUCCCAAUGGUGCUACUCCGUAUAGCCGCACUCCGGAGCUGCGGGUCACGCAUAAACUAGCAGAACGCAAGCGACGAAGCGAAAUGAAGGAUUGUUUCGAGAUGUUGCGGAUGCGACUCCCGCAGAGCCAGAACAACAAGUCCAGCAAGUGGGAGACCCUAACUAGAGCCAUCGAGUAUAUUUCCUCGCUAGAGAAACAAGUCUCGACAUCGCGACGCGAGAACAACGACCUCCAGCGAGAAGUCCAAGAACUACGCGCACAGUUGAACUCGCAACACGUCAACGGCCAAUCGCGACAGCAACAACAAAACAUGUUUGACCCUCACUCCAUGGCGUCGUCAUCAAAUGGCUCGCCGACCACGUCGUACCCCACGUAUGCGUCCGGGAUGGCGGUCGAGCAGCCUCGGACUCUGCCGCCGCUCAUCAAUGGUUCUGUCGCUGCAAUGCAAGGGGUGCAAUAUACCGAGGAGCGGCGGUAA